GUUCACUAUACUGACUAAAAUAAGGUAGGAAGGGCUCAAAGUUCUUGUUGCAUUACAGUUCUUUAGCAAACUGAUCUGCUAAUAUCUCAUCAUUAAUAGAACGUAUCAAGAAAAUCCAAUUAAUGGUCAAAAUUCUCUUGUCUUCUAAACACUUAUCACUGCCUCUUCUUCAUUAGUUAAAAAUCGAACAGUCUUUCAGUCUCUACGCAUUUGUUGCCUCGCGUUUUGCUUUGCAUGAACUUCACUUAUUUUAUAAAAAAGACAAAGCUCAGAAUUUGUACCAAAUACCUAAGAGCUACUUUUUAGAAGAGAAAACCACCUUAAAACGAGAAAACAUGAAAUUGAACCCCCACCAGGUUCCGCAGGUUAAGGACUGCAGGUUUUUUUGACUAUGAGAAACAAUUAUCAUGAACAGGCGCCCCUUCCCCCCUCCCCCUCCGCGAAUAGACUAUCCUUCAAGCUAUACUCAAAAUUGCCGUUUCACCUGAACGCACUAUUGUCUUGUGAUUUUCUUCGUUGAUAGAUCUUGCUUAUUUAGUUUUUAAGACCUAAACAAAUGCACCCAAAACUUCUAAAUAUGAACGGAGUGAAGGGAGGGGUAAGGGGGCGGCCGCCUCCCCCAAUCCUCAGAAUGUUGGUCUCCGAGGAAAGUGCAAAUCUAUAAUAAAAUUAGUACCUUAGAAUGGGGGGAUAUAUAAGACAAAAUUAAAACAUUUUAAAAGACUGCAAGCAAACGACUAUAAGAAAUUCUGAAAUGUAUUUUAAGCUAGUAUGAGGGGCGUGGUCGCAAAAAGUUUCUGCUUGCUUCGCUCACAGGGGAUACUAGUCCAUACCUCUACAGAAGUUUUAAAGUUUCCCCUCGUUUAAGGGUUUACAUAGAAAAUUCCUUCGCGUUCUUUAGACAUUCCCAAUUAAAUAGAAACUAAAAUGCUAAAGCACUUCAAUCGUUAACAAAACUGGAUUCUGAAAUGCUUUUCGGAGAUUUUUGCAGAUUUUGCUCCAAAGAGAACGGAUUUAGUACUGGAAAAUCAUUUUUGUUGGAAGGAACAUGUUGUUUUAUCCAUAGGUUGGGAGAUAGGGUAAACAACAUGUUCCUUCCAGCAUAAGAAACACACUGCCUCUCAAAGAGAACAGCCUCCUCGAUCUAGUAGGUCUAGAAACCGUGUUAAAACAAGGGAUUCUGCUAUCGGUCAACAUCUUUUAAAUAACCCAGAUUAUGCAAUACUCUAUAAUGACGACAUGUUUCAGAUAAUUGGCAGGGCCCGCCGUCUUUCCAUCCAGCAUUUUUGGAAUCGAUCUACAUACAAACAAAAAAGCCGCCAUUGUGUUGACAGAAGGAGUUCGUUUUCUCUCUUGGACUCCAGUGGUAAUUUUUCUUUAGGCACACGGCACUGAUUGGACAACUAUACCGGUCUUGUGCGUGCGUUUUCCUGAUUGGCCUAUUUCGAUCCACAACUAGGUAUAUCUUUUCAUCGUGUUCUUUCAGACCUUUAUUCUGACGUUUUAUGCCACGAGGAUUAUAGAAGAAAAAGCUUUUAGCCAGUAUGUUAUAAAAUGUUUGCUUUUUCAAAGCCAUUUGCUGUUCAAGCAAAAGCGUUAAGUUAUUUUCUCAAUGCCUAAUGCAUUCCUCAUGCUUAUUUCAAUUUCAAUGCAUCUACAACAAAAAAAUGUUUUCUUCGCAAAAGAGUUUAAGUAAUUUCAGCUCCCUAUAAAAGGAUUAUCCAAGCUCUUAAAAAUCAUGUUUACUGGAAUAUAUUUGUGAAGAGGCUAGUUUUCUUGAAUUGUCUUGCACUACAUUCUCUCUAAAUUUUCAUAGUCUUGAGUAAUUUUCCUAAAGUGAAUAGAAAAUCUUCCAAGAGGCUUUAGAGGACCCUUGCUUUAUAGCUUAGUGUCUUUAUGAAAAGUACAGUAUUUAAAAAUUAUUUUUAGCAACAAUGAGUUGUUUUUAAAAACUGUUCGAACCACGGUAUGAACUCGGUUGAUGGUAAUACUGCAAGUAACCACCAACCUCGCCCUCGUCAACGGUCGCUUACAUUGGUAGCGAGGCUCAUGAAGAAGAUCGUCUCAAAGCUGAAGUUGACAAGAAGAGUAAGGUGAGUUUCCGAUGAUUUAUACCAAGUCUCCGGCUAUGUGAUUUAUAUCAUUUUAAUGUUAAUAACAACAGAAAGGGAUUUGAAUAUUUUUCCUGAGUUAUAUGUAGAGGUUUGAUUUUUAAAAACUCUAUUCCUAUAAUGGAGGAAAAAAACGGAAAAAACGAUGAAUGUAAACAACUGGUCAAAAUUGUUGCUCCUAUACCAAGCCUGUCAAUGCCAAGUACUUUCGAAGGGACACAAAAUAAAGAUAUUGAUUUUCCAAAGCAAAUGUAUCUUCGGCCUGCAAAUAUAGAUAUUGUUAUAACGCCAUGCGACAGCACUGUACAGAGCCCUUAUGAACAAACUAGUCUAAUGACAAAGCUCAUGAGGUCUCACAAAAGGAUUCUUAGGAAGAAUCGGCACUCUAGGCUUGAUUGGCUAUGCACGUCUGCCAAUGAGAAACGGCUGCGAACUGCCGCUUCAACCAAAGACGUAACUGCAGCCAAAAAUUUAAUAAGCAAACACCCAGAUGUUGAUUUGAACUGUUCAGAUGAAAAGCAAAGAACUCCCCUACAUAUAUGUGCUGCUAAUGGCUGCGAAGAAAUUGUGAGAUUGUUGCUAGAAAACGGAGCCAGUCCCGAUGUCAAAGAUGUCAAUGGUAAUACACCUUUACAUCUAGCUGCUUGUUCUGGCAAAGUUCCCAUUGUCACAUUACUUCUUCACCAUGGAGCAGAUAUUUCAGCUACUGAUUCUUUUGGAAAAACACCACUGCAUCUAGCACUUGCACGUCUCAGAGUAUUUCAUAAAUCGGAUGGUGGUGCAAAUGAAUCUUGUUUCAAUUAUUUGCAAAGAAGGACCCACAUCAAGGAUAUAGCAGAUUUGUUAAAGGAAUAUUUUUAUAGAAAAGGAACUGAGAAGGAGAAGGCAGAUAUUUUGAUGCUAUCGAACCAGAUUUCCAGCCUAACUUCAAAAGAGCAGGUUGAUGAAGUUGGAGACUUGUUACUGAAUUUUACCCAGAUGGCAAUUGAUAACAAAGAUAAUAUUUCCUGACAUUGGAUUACAUUCCUCCAGAGAAAAUUGUGUAUAUAGACUUUGUUAUGCUUGUAUGGUAGUGUAAGUUUAGCUAAAUUAUAUUUCAAAAGCAAUUGUUUAUUAUUAAUUAUAUAGAAUAAUAUGCAUGUGUACAUAAUAAACUCAAGUAAUAAUGCUAUAAAGAAUAAUAAAAAAGAAAUAUGAAUGCAAAAUUUGAUAUUUUUUCGUUUUCAAUAAGAACUGUAUCACAUUUAUGUUGUUUGAUAUUUUAUUUUCUUAAUUAUAAUGUUGAUUAUGAGUUUAAUAUUCUUAAUUAUAUUGUUAAUUAUUUUACACAGAACUUUAGAAUGUCUUCAACAUAGAUAUUCUUAAGUAUGCUGGUAUACCUUCGCCUGUCUUUUUGGGUAUAAAACCGCACCAUUCUUUAAAAGUCUUAAUCACCUUGCUGCAAUUUCAAUUUGCUUUUAUCCUUAGCAUCCCUCCAUCACUGUGAUUGUCCUCUUUUUAAUUAAGAAGAUACAGCAAGGCUAAUGCAAAUAUUUCCGUUAAUAAUAAAGAUGCUAAUGAAUAAAUCCUUGCAUUUGAAAUCAUGUCACAAUGUUUCUUGAUCCUGUUUGGCCCUUGUCAUUCAAAUAUAAUGAUCGCCCUUUCGACUAAUCUUGUUUGAAUAUAUCCGGAAAAAAACCAAUAAAUCACCGCGGGCAAAAUGUGGUCUUUUGGGUUGCGAGUUCUCGGUCUUCCUUCAAAGAAUUUACCAGGAAAACCCCUUAACAGAAGAAAACCGAUAGAUAAUGUUUGCAUUGUUGAGUGUUCUCUUUUGUUGACCUUAUCCAGCAGAGGCGGCCUGGCCUUUUUCGCCUGGAGGGGCCAGCAGCAAAAUGGCGCCCUUCAUAACUAACAUUAUUGUCUUUUUUCUGAAAAGAUCGGCAUUCUGGUAGUGCUCUUAUAUUUUUUAAUCUUGUAUGUCAAGAAUAGACUGACCCCCACGUGAGAACAGGGUCCCAAUUAUAAAUUUUUUUCAUGGGGGUGUCAGGACAAUGUUUCAUGGGGGUCUCUUCGAAGCCAAUUUAAGCAGAUAAACUAAAUAAAAAUGUGUCAAGAACAUGUUUAGGGAAAUUCCAAGAGUUACCCAUACGAUGUGGUAAAAUGAGGGUUUUGUUCUCUUUGUAACUGUUGUGUUCAUUUGGCACCUUGGAGGGGAAUCCAAAGCGCCAGAUAAAAUAUUUACCUUUGUUUUGCUAAACUUGUAAUUUGGAGGAACUUAAUAAGCUCAAAACAUAGAUAUAACACAACUUACAGUGAGGGGGCAAACUAAGGGGGUUUCGGGGAAAAAAUUAUUGAAAGUGUCGGUCCUAGACAAUAAGUGGAGGAUUCCAGUUACUCAUAGGGCUAGAAAAUGCGAUUUCUAACUUAUCUGUGAAUUCACUAUGGCACAAUUGAAAGAUGCUAGAAUUGAUUAUAAGGCAUUUGAUAUAAAAUGAAGUAAAUAUUUUAUCUAACUUUAAAGGAAUAUUAUAAAAGACCAAAAACGCAACCGUUAAGAAAAUUAGGCCUGACCCUUGAAAAGAAACCUUAAGUACCUACUAAAGGAACGACCAAGGGGCGAGCUUGAGUUAAAGGGCAUUCGUAAGAUAAUUCUCAGCUUUUACUAAUUCCUUCGUAUCUGCCAUUUUAUUUCGAUUUUCUGUACGUAUCUGGAACAUUGGCUAUCUUUUGGCUUAAGGAAUUUUUUUACAAGUUUUGAGAAGUGUCGUCAUGAAUAAGGCACUAUUUACAACCAGAAUUUAAUAUGAAUAUAUCUGAUCUUAUGAUCUUAUGGCUGGUUUCAAGGGCACUUAAAUGAAUAGGGCACUCUGGCCCCUUGCCCAUCCUAUCAAAGGCAACAGGGGCAGUUGACCUCCUGCGCCCUCUUCCCCGGCGUCCCUGAGAAACAUGAAGUCAAUGUUUUGAGUUAAAAGUAAUCUGUUUAAUGUUUCCUUUUUGAAGAAACAUAAUAAGAGCUGGUUUCAUAUGAUUUAGCGCUGGAAUAUGUUUUAGCUUUGAAUGCACUUUGUAGCGCUAUUUCUUCAUAUCUUGUGCACAUAAAAAACUGUACGUUCGUGGAAGUGAUUUGAGAUAGCAGACGGACUAAUCUAGGAUGAAACAGUUGAACAACCGAAUGUAUGUUAAUUAGGUCUCUGAAGGCCAGUAGAGCCAAAGAGACUCAUUGAAAUUCAAAAUUUUCCCUAGAAGAGGGUGGGGCAUGAGUCCGGACACCCUAAACACAGACUGUCUUCGGAGUAUUUCUGUGUGCUCCAUAAAUGCUGUGCCCUCCACACAAAGGAAUUUAACAACAAGUUUCCUGACACUGCUCUAAAAAAUUUAUUAAUUUUUGCCCCAUGCGAACAGUACAAAUGUUUUGUCUGGGUAAUACAGGGGGCCCAAGUGCCCUAAAAUGACUGUUAGAAGGGGGUAUGGGGCCAUGCACCCAAAGAAAGUUUUUAAUUUUAAGGCGUCUCCUUUGUCUCUGCUGACCUCAUAGAGACCUAAUAAUCAGACAAGUCGGCCGUAUCAAACUUUUUUCGGCACUCUAUACAAGCUUUAGUGCCCCUAUAAAAAAGUCAGCUGGGGGGUCCUGGUCCCCCCGCCCCCCUGCCAGGCCGCCACUGUUAUCAGGUCCGUUAAAUUGUAAUUUGCAUUGCAGCUGAUUAAAUAAGUCUAUUUUCAUGAAAUUUAGUCCCAUUUACAAGACGACAGGCUGUAUUUUCCCAGUUUUGUAAAAUCUCUACAGUUUUCUACCCAUUAUGAUUUAAUUUUAAGCGAAGUUUUAGCAUUUUCGCAUAGAGGAGUGUUUUUUUGCGCAUUUGCAAAUGGAGUGUUUCAUCUGAAAAGACAUCAACCAUGAAAAUAUGUUAGGGUUGGUUCGUGAGUGCUUUUUUACUCAAUCGCACCUGCAGCUAAAACCAGUGGACCCGAAUCAUCAAAAGAACACCUUCCGUUCUGUUAAUUAAAUUUGAUUCAUAAAACAGAGGAUUUAUUUCUUUUCAUUCUAAGCAGCAGUGCUUUUCUUAAGCGCUUUUCUUUGUAUUAGUAUUUGUAUUAGGACAGUGUUUAGGGUAAGUAUUAGGACACCUGGAAAAUAUGCUUAUCGAGUAGUAUCUUGGCUGCCCUCUCAAUCUCACCACGCUUCGAGAUUCCUUCGCCUGGAAGUGAAAGUCUGGUCAUGUCAGGGACUCGAAGCCUAGAUCCUUGGGUCUUUUUUUCGCGACCAUAACCAAUGAGCCAUCCUCGCACUCAUUAUUCGCCUACGGAGUUACAUUUUUAGCUGUUUGAAUUUAUUGUGUCCAGGGCCCGCGUCACCGGGGAGGGUGUGGUGGCUAUUGCCCCCAACUUUUUCGCGAAGAAAGAAGUUUUAAAGCUGCAAUAAAAGGGGAAAGAAGCUUUGACCCCCUUCCUUUGCUGGCCUUGCUCCCCCUCCCACUUUCAAAUUCGUGACGCGGGCCCUGGUGUUGGAUGUUGAAUAAUUAUAUGCAAAAAAGUGUUUCAAUUGUUCAUAAUAAUCGAAUGCAAAACAAACAAUACUUGUACCUUGACCAACCAUGGGUUAAAGUUUGCCCAACAGGAGACGCAACUUGGAGAAAGAUUGUACCCGUGUGUUUCCAGUCAAAACCAUUCUGGCCAGUUUCACGACAACAACUUGGUAAUCACAAUUUUUAUGAAUGUUACUUAGACAGAUGAUUGACAGUGGGAAUAUGAACAAGGUUAAUGGGAACAAGCUUAAUCCUGUUAUUGACUGAGGGUAUCUCACCCCUUUCCUACCAAAUAUGGCUUGUGUUGAUAAAUUUUCAAAUAUGAAUUAAUAUUGUGUUCACAACUAGAUAAAUCUAAUGCUUAAACAUCAAUACAAUCAAUUGAAGAUAUUUGUUAGAUUUCCUCAAAUAUUAUUUUUUUAAUUAAACAUGGAAAAUCCAAUCCAUAAAACUUUUAUGUUGAAGUUAUGCGAUUGCUGCAUACAUAAUUUUCUGCUUUAUUGGAAGACGGGACUAAGGCCAUUUAGUUACAGGACACCGCAGAAUAGAGGCUUUCAUCAUUUUCAAAAUGAAUUAUUGUGUAAUACCUUAUCAUGGCGAGUGAAUAAAACCUAAAAAAAAGCUACAUCAAGUUUUUUUCUGCCUUUCAAAGAUCAUAUCAUCUUUUGAAAGACCAUGCACUAUUUUCUGAUUUACCUCAAUCUAGGCUUGUUGAAAUCCGUUUAUAUUCCGAAAAAUAUUUAGCCUUGUGCAUGGAGAGGUAAUUAAUUUCCUCACCAGAAGUACUCAACUAUGCGACUAGUUAGAGGUCGCCGAUUGGCCAAAAAAGGAACCAACAAAAGCUGUCAUUCUCAUUCAAAGUGUUUUCGAUCUGCACCUGGAUAUAAAUUUCCUUUCACCUUUGACUGUUAUACAAGGCAAUGUCGGAAAAAGGUUGCUUAAGUGCGACGCAAAAUUUACCCACUUUCUGUGCAACCUGGAAAUUUCAUUAUUCUAUGAAAAACCUAUUUGGACAACUUUCCACACGAAACCUGUAAAAAAUGAAGAAUUUUUAUAAGGAUUUGAGAUUUUUCAUUCUCUUAGGCAACCGAAGCCUGCGUUUUUGUGUCGAAAUGACACUCUACAGCCUAAACACAGAAAUGUUCUAUCUUUUUAUAUUUUUAAACCAAAAGUUGGCACCGUGAAAAAGUUAUAAUGGAGGAGCAAUAUGUUAACUCUUUAGUAGGCAGAAAUAAAUCCACAAAGGUAUUUAACCGCUCUUAGACCAAAGCAUUGAUGGUAACUGAAACUAAUGCAAAAAAUGUUCAGGCUCGAGCGAAAUGCAACGAUUAAAGAAAGAAGCAGGAUAAUUCAUAGCUCCAUAUGGCCUAAUGAUAUCAUCUCUGCAUAGCAUUCUCAUUCAAAUCAGCUAGACUACGGUGCGUGCUUUGUGAAUCGCUUUUCUAGAUGUUCCAGAAUUCAACAGUGGACAACAAAUUCAAUAGGGCCCUGUCCGGUCUGGUUCAUUUUCAUUUUGGUUUAAAACGCUAAUUUUGGUUUUAAGGUAUUUUUGUUGACACUAAAGGGACUAUGGGUGCCUCUUCCAUCGUCUCUGCUUAGAGACCUCUUGUAAAUAUCUCCUUUUCCCAUCGUUGUCACCAGGGCCGUCGCGAGGAAAGCCUUGUUGGGGGGGGUGUGGACUACAAAUUUACCUGAUUAAAAAAUUUUUGCCUGAAAUUCUUUAGUUGCUGUCACAAACCUCUGCAAUGUAUUUUGUUAAUCUAACUCUGUAUAUAACUCACAACUUUCAUUUUAAUUUGAUAAUAACGGAAUUUUCCUAAUAGUUUUGUCAAAUCUCUAUAUCGGAACGGGGAAAGGUUAUAGUUACUACCCGAGGCGGCACUGGCUGCCGCCGAAGGAGCAGGAAAUUUUCGAAUUUUGAUGCUUCUAGUUCCCUGGAAAAUGCACUCUUUCAAGCCAUGUUGUCAUUUACUUCUAUAGCUAGGUAACAAGCAGCACUGGUUGUCAAUUUAGAUCCCUCUCUCCAUCUUAGCAUGCCUUUUAAAUGUAAAAAAAUCUGGAGCUCAUAGUGAAUUGCAGUUGACGCUUCUACCGAGAAACUUUAGGGGAAAUGGACACAAGACGCAAUUUUACCUGAAGAGGGCCCGAAUUUUUCGAUUUAGUGCCAACAAGAAAUCUUCAAAGCUUCAAAUCAUUAGUUUGUUUACCUUCAUUCAUAUCAAGGAAUAUCAUAUUUAACCAAUGGAGCAACUACCUUUGCUUGAUCCUUUAUUGAUUUUAUGACAUGAAGGUCUCUAAAAUACCUAAAGCGUUUCUUCCACCAAGCGGAUUUUACCUGAAAUUUCCUAUUGAGAUACUACUGGGGGGUGUGACAACCCCCCACACCCCCCGGUCGCGACGCCCCUGGUUUUCACUUGGACCAAAAGCAACUACUUGUUUUGGCAUCCAUAGUUGUUUACUGGCCUGCUUGACAUGGUUUUGAAAAAUGCAUUUCGAUUAUUUUUUUAGAAAUGAAGUUUUCAAAAAGUAAAUCCGUUAUUUGUAAGAAACAUUCGAUAAAGAACCAAAAGUUCUCAGGAGAAUCUAUACAAGCUUGCACACAACACUGUAGAUCCGAUAAAUAUUUUUCAUGGAAUGUCGAUUUAUUUCUUAAUUGUAUAUCAAGAAAUAAAUCGCAAGAUACGGAAAAAUUCAUUUUUGGGUUUACUUUUAAUUCUAAAUGUAUUUUUUGGGUUAGAAUUUCAUAACCCAAUAUGGCACUUCCAUUCUAUACCAGAAUAUCCCAUUGAAAAAGGAUCACGCACUAAUUUUUUUGAAAAAAAAACAUUACUUGGUACAUUUAAGACAUUAUCUGGGAUCUUAGCAAACAAUUAAGAGAUAUAGUGACACAGGGCCAAGGCUUUUCAAACUUAAAUACCAAAUAAACAUUAGAUUAUCACUAGAAAAGACUUUAAGAUUUCAAGGUAUGAGAAGUUGAAGGCAUCUUGCUUCAUUACGUAUCUUGCUCUCAGUGGCAAGGGAGAUGUGCAUUGUUUAUGGCAGGUAACAGUCUAUUUACCGUUGAAAGGGUAUUCUAAAGAAGUUAGGGGAGGGGGGAUUUUGGCCUUCUGCAAUGUAAAUUUUAAAAGAGUCCUCCACUAUCAUAACUUACAAACAUGUUUGUGUUAUAUGAAAAUAAGUUGACCCUAAUUAAAAUUCAAUAUAGAUCAUAGAUAUGCUAAUUCAAUAUACUAUCAUAAAACCCUUCUUUCAUCUAAAAUAAGUAACUGGAACAAAUAUCUACGAUGAAACAACUAAAUGACAAACCCCUAUUUACAUUUGUGCAAGAUAUCGUUUCAACAUAGACACUUGUGCAUUGUUUAUGGCAGGUAACAGUCUAUUUACCGUUAAAAGGGUAUUCUAAAGAAGUUAGGGGAGGGGGUAU